AUGGCCAUGAAUACAACUGAAGACUUAGCCAACUUAACUUCGUUGCAAAGCCAUGCAGUUGCUUAUACAAACUGUACCAAUGUAGAUAUGCUUCUGAAGAAUUUCUAUCUCCCUCGUAUGUACAGCAUAAUCUUUCUGGUGGGCUUCCCAGGGAAUAUUAUUGCAAUUUCUGUAUACAGGUUCAAGAUGAGGCCCUGGAAGAGCAGCACCAUCAUUAUAUUCAACUUGUCCUUCACAGACCUACUGUACUUAACAAGCCUUUCUUUCCUGAUACAUUACUAUGCCAAUGGAGAUCACUGGGUCUUCGGAGACUUCAUGUGUAAGUUUAUCCAUUUUGGCUUCCACUUCAACUUGUACAGCAGCCUCCUCUUCCUCACUUGCUUCAGCAUCUUUUGCUACUCCGUGAUUGUCCAUCCGGUGAAGUUCUUCUCUAUUCAGAAAAGGAGAUGGGCAGUGGUGGAUUGUACUGCAGUUUGGGUGAUUUCCCUGGUAGCUGCCAGUCCUGGCAAUUUUUUAAUUACCUCAAGAGAGGACCAAAACAAAUCCAUUUGCCUGGAUCUCACUAGUUCUGAAAACCUGGACACUAUUAAGUGGUAUAACUGGCUUCUGUCUGGGUUAGCCUUCUACCAGCCAUUAGUGGUUGUGACUCUAUGUUACACUGUCAUUAUCUACACUUUGACUAGAGGGCCUCAUACUCACGCUUGUUACAAGCAGAAGGCUCGCAGACUUGCCAUUCUCCUCUUGAUGGUCUUUUAUGUGUGCUUCCUACCCUUUCAUGUCUUUAGGGGCAUUCGGAUAGAAUUACGACUUCAACCAGUUAGCUGCCACAUUGAAAACCAAAUCCACGCUGCUUACAUUGUCAGACCAUUAGCUGCACUAAACAUGUGUGGUAACCUAUUACUUUAUGUUGUGAUGGGAGACAACUUCCAGCAGGCCAUCCUUGCUCUUUCAAGAUGUAAGUUAAACUAUGUGCAGCACACCGGGAAUGACAGUGAUGUGAAUAAGUAA